UCCCUUUCACAAAGGCAAUUAUAGAGAAACCAGGAAAAAGUAUUUGCUGGUACACUACCCCCUCCUUUCCACCUUAUAUAGUCCCUCCUGCUUGGACUGGAGGCAGAAGGAGAGAGUUUCUGAAGAAGGAACCUGCCUGGUCCCCUGUAUUUCAGAACUGCAGAGAAGCAAAUCACCAUCAUGAGUGAGGCCCCCAAAAAGUCCCUGGAAAAAAUCCUUCAACAGCUGAAAUGCCAUUUCACCUGGAAUUUAUUCAAGGAUGGAAAUAUACCAAGUUAUCUAGAAGAAAGACUACACAGUCACGCGGAACACUUAGACACUGAGUACAAGGCUACAAUAUACAACUUCUUAGCCUACAUUAAACACCUAAAUGGUGAGAAUGAGGCAGCCCUAGAAUGCUUACAGAAAGCUGAAGAGUUACACCAGCAAGGCCACACUGACCAGGCAGAGAUCAGAAGUCUGGUCACAUGGGGUAACUAUGCCUGGCUUUACUAUCACAUGGGCCAACUCUCAGAAGUUCAGACUUACAUUGACAAGGUAAAACGUAUCUGUGAGCAGUUUUCAAAUCCUUACAGUAUUGAGUAUCCUGAGAUUGACUCUGAGGAAGGAUGGACACGACUGAAGUGUGGAAAACAUGAGAGAGCUAAAGUGUGCUUCCAGAAGGCUCUUGAAGAACAGCCCAACAACCCUGAAUUCUCCUCUGGGUUGGCAAUUGCAAUGUUCCAUUUGAAUGAUAAUCCUCAGAAGGAGUCUUCUGCUGAAGCUCUGAAGCAGGCCAUUGAGUUAGAUCCUGACAACCUAUAUGUCAAAGCUCUAAUGGCUUUGAAACUACAGAAGACAAGUGCAGAGGCCAAAGGAGAACAGUUCAUUGAAGAAGCCCUGAGGAAGGACCCUUGCCCAACAAAUGUCCUUCUAAAAGCUGUCACAUUUUACAGAAAAAAGGGAGACCUAGACAAAGUUAUUGAACUGAUUGUGAGGACAAUAGAAUGCACACCAAAUAAUAGCUGCCUCUGUUACCAUAUUUUGUGUAGCUUCAUGUCACAAAUCAAAAAAAUGAAAGUCAAUGGAGAAUCUAAAGCAGGUGGAAAUCAAGAGAAGAUUGAACAACUGGAGAAACUGCUCAGAGACUGUACAAAGAAAGCUCUAGAAAAGAGGGUAAGGACUCUGAAUACAUGCUUUGAGCUCAAUGAGUUCCUGGAAACAGAAGAAUGCUGUCAGAACACAUUCAAUAAAGAGCUCCCCAAGGCUGAGAGCCAGCAUCUCCAUUCGAGGGAUUGCAGCAUUCAAGAGAAUCAUGGAAAGGCAGAAGACACUGCUGUUCAAAAUGGUUUUGAGAGUAUUUCUAUAAGCAAAGACAAACCUGAGAAGGAAGAAAGGAAAAGCCAAGUACAAAACAUGGAGAAAAACUUACUUCAGCCAGAUGCAGUGAGUUCUUGGUAUCUGCAAGGAUCAGUUCAUAAACGGAAUGGAGAUCUGUUGCAAGCCCUGGCAUGUUAUGAAAAAGAACUAGGCUACUUGCUUAGGGAGUCCCCCUCAGGCAUAGGCAGCUUCUUCCUGACAGCAUCGCAGCCAGGAGACAGCAAUGAGGACAAGGCCCAAGGUGCAGGAGCUUCCCAACUUUUGGACUCAUUCACAAAGGAGGAAGGAAAUUGCUCUGAGUAGAAGUGUGGGGUUAUGGAGAAGUCUUAGAAACCUAGUAGGUCCCCAGUUUGGGAUUGUUGAACCAUGUGGAUUUGUUUAUUGCCCUAAAGUACAUUUUGCAGCAUUAUCUCAUGUUCUUUCUCCCCUGUCCAUGCAGUCACACAGUUAUCAGGUUAACUUCAGUGCUCGUAAUCACUAGUGGAAAGUGCAUUAGGCCUACAUGAUGCUAAUUAGUUUGCAGUGUGCACUCACUCAUCCGAUAAUCUGCAUCCCUGCCCCUCUUGCCAACAACACUUGGGGACUGUCUACCAACAAUAGCUUCAAGCUUACUUCCUUAACUCCAUUUCCUUCCAGCCUUCUACACCAGGAUGAUUUGUGUUUGACUAAACUUGGAAUAUUUCUUACAUCCUAUUCUUGGUUUAACUGUGUCAUUUGUGUAUUUUUUGAUAGUGACUAUAAUAAGUGUAUAGACAACAGUCAUGCUAUAAUAAAUUUAAAAAUUUCAGCUUACAAUAUAGGCAAUGUGUCCCUUGUGUGAAUGACUUAAGGCAGUG